GGGAGGGGCGAGAGGGAUGCAGCUUGGGGCCCAGGGCCGGUGCCGCACCCCGUGAAGGGCUGGUCUUCCAUCUCGCCAGCCACCUCCGGGAAGCCAAGACCAAACCAGCCUAGCUCUCUCCUGGUGUUCGUGAACCGGAACCCAACCAGAGAAUGGAUAUGGGAAACCAGCACCCUUCUAUCAGCAGGCUCCAGGAGAUCCAGAAGGAGGUGAAAGGCAUAGAGCAGCACGUCGCUGGCUUCAGCGGCCUGCCGAACGACAAGGCCUACAAGGACCUGGAGCGGACGCUCAUGAAACAGCUUUUUGAAAUAGACUCAGUGGACACGGAAGGGCGGGGGGACGUCCAGCAGGCCCGGAAGAGGGCGGCCCAGGAGACGGAGCGGCUGCUCAAGGAGCUGGAGCAGACCGCAAACCACCCGCACCGGAUCGAAAUACAGAACAUCUUCCAGGAGGCCCAGGCCCUGGUGGAGGAGAAGAUCGUGCCGUUCUACAGCGGCGGCAACUGCGUGGCCGACGAGUUUGAGGAGAGCAUCCAGGACAUCAUCCUGCGGCUGACGCACGUGAAGACCGGCGGGAAGGUCUCCCUGCGGAAAGCGCGGCACCGCACGCUCGCCAGGGUCUGCGCCGUGCAGGAGAUCAUCGAGGACUGCAUGAGGCGGCAGCCGUCCCUGCCGCUCUCCGAGGACGCGCACCCCUCCGUGGCCAAGAUUAACGCCGUCAUGUGUGACGUGAACAAGGCCAGAGGCACUCUGAUCGCGCUGCUCAUGGGCGUGAGCAACGACGAGACGUGCCGGCACCUGUCCUGUGUGCUCUCGGGCCUGAUGGCGGACCUGGACGCGCUGGACGUGUGCGGGCACACGGAGAUCCGAAACUACCGAAGGGAGGUCGUGGAAGACAUCAACAAGUUACUGAAGUACUUGGACUUGGAAGAGGAAGCCGACACGACCCAUGCAUUUGACCUGGGACAGAACCACUCCAUCAUAAAAAUAGAAAAGGUCCUCUCGAGAAUGAGGGAGGUGAAAAACGAGCUCCUCCAAGCGCAGAGCCGCCCUGAGCUGUACCUGAGCUCCAAGACGGAGCUGCAGGGCCUCAUCGGCCAGCUGGACGAGGUGAGCCUGGAGAGGAACCCGUGCAUCCGCGAGGCCCGCAGGAGGGCGGUGAUCGCGGUGCAGACCCUCAUCACGCACGUGGACCUGAAGGAGGCCCUGGAGAAGAGGAAGUCGUUCGUGGGCGAGGAGCACCCGUCCCACAGAGCCGUCUGGACCAUCUUGGGACACCUGUCGGAGAUCCUGGGGGAAGUUUUGUCGUUUGACGGGAACCGAACCGAUAAGAACUACAUCCGGCUGGAGGAGCUGCUCACCAAGCAGCUGCUGGCCCUGGACGCCGUGGACCCACAGGGCGAGGAGAAGUGCAAGGCGGCCCGGAAGCAGGCCGUGAAGCUGGCCCAGAGCAUCCUCAGCUACCUCGACCUGAAGUCCGACCAGUGGGAGUACUGACCGGCCCGGGGCCGGGGGGCCGGGG